GAGUUUCUUAGUUCCAACUAGCACUUGAACGCGGUACGAUUCCUAGCCAAAUGGACGAUGUCAGUUUCUCGUAUAAAGGAAUUUAUGACAUUUUUAGAAUUUUACAACAUGCUUUAAAUAUAAUAGUUUGUUCGAAUAGAGCAGUAUGCAUGUCACGGAAUUGUGUGAAUGCCCUAACGUUUACAUAGGGGGGAAAAACGUGUUGGAAGUCCUAGCUAGCUAGUUAACGUUACUCGGACGGAGGCUAGCUGAAACGACCACCAUGAGAGGCAACGAGAAGACGUGGAAAGUUUACUCCGAACCAAAGAUAACAGAGGGGUGACAAUAUUGCAGUACCACGAUACACCGGGGGACUUGGUGUCUGGGUAUGUCACAGGAGUAACUCCACAGAGUUCCAAGCCACGCCUCGAGAGGAGAGAGAGCUGUCAACCAGGCAGUUGAGACAUGAUUUGGUUCUUUCAUCCGACAGAAUGGUACAAGUCAUAGCCAACGUGUGUUGUUUUGCUCUUUGAGCAAAGAGGUUGGAGUUGGAGGUAUCCCGAUGUGGGUAGUGCCUUGGCGGGCGGGAACGAAUUAAUGAGAGGCAUAGGGUAGCAUAAGAGCGCAUUCUCUUCCAGUGUCUGACAGCGCUGUCAAUACUUCACUUCACAAUUUGGAGCUAGGACUCGGGAGUUCGGCGAACAUUGGUGCUCUAGCUACACAGGACCAGCCAGCUGUCUGAUGUUUUGUUUUAUUUGAUGAAAUUAAACCAGAUCUACGAAGCUUGCUUAUUGAAGUGCAGGUCCUCAAAGAGAUAACUCCUGGUCACUUCUCUAUUUGGCUGCUGUGAGGGAGGCCAGUGCUGUUACUGGUGAGCAUUGAGACUUCUCCACCCCAGAAAGACAGACGGACGGGGUUCCCCUGCCCAGUGCCCCUGUUCUCCUUUUCAUGGAUGCCAGGCUGGCCCUGCUGCAGCUUGGGACUCUCCUGGUCCUCCUGUCCGCAGCACUGGAGUUGACUGCUAAGCUGACUGCUGGAGAGGAGGUCUACACUAACACCUGGGCGGUCCACAUAGAGGGGGGACCGCAGGAGGCUGACCGAAUUGCCAGGAAACACGGCUUCAUCAACCAUGGCAAUGUGUUCGGGGAUUAUUAUCACUUCCGUCAUCACACCGUAGUGAAGAAAUCCCUAUCAGGCCACAGGGGAACAUAUGUCCGACUGCAGAAGGAACCACAGGUGCGUUGGGUGGAGCAGCAGGUGUCGAGGCGGAGGAAAAAGAGGGAUGACUACAACGAACCUUCCGACCCCAAAUUCCCCCAGCAGUGGUACCUGGUGAGCAAGUCCAACCCCAGCGAAGCAGACCUGAAUGCCAGGGGAGCGUGGUCCCAGGGGUACACUGGGAGAGGAGUGGUGGUCACCAUCCUGGAUGACGGCAUAGAGAAAGACCACCCAGACCUUGCCUCCAACUACGACCCUGAUGCCAGCUAUGAUGUUAAUGAUGGAGACUCUGAUCCCCAGCCACGCUACACACAGCGCAACGAGAACAGACAUGGAACACGGUGUGCUGGUGAGGUUGCUGCGGCUGCCAACAACGAUGUUUGUGGGGUGGGCGUGGCCUACAACGCCAAAAUUGGAGGUGUGCGUAUGCUGGAUGGAGAGGUGACAGAUGUGGUGGAGGCCCACUCCCUCAGCCUCAACUCGCAGCACAUCCACAUCUACAGCGCCAGCUGGGGCCCAGAGGAUGAUGGGAAGACGGUAGACGGCCCCGCCAAGCUGGCCAAGGAGGCAUUCCUCCGAGGAGUCACUGAGGGCCGCGGCGGGCUGGGCUCCAUCUUUGUGUGGGCGUCGGGGAACGGUGGUCGUGAGAAGGACAGCUGUAACUGUGAUGGUUACACCAACAGCAUCUACACCCUGUCCAUCAGCAGCACCACCCAGUACGGCAUGGUGCCCUGGUACAGCGAGGCCUGCUCCUCCACCCUCGCCACCACCUUCAGCUCUGGGAACCCUAACGAGAAACAGAUAGUGACCACAGACCUGAGACAGAAGUGUACAGACACCCACACGGGGACGUCAGCAUCGGCCCCACUGGCUGCUGGGAUCAUCGCCCUGGCUCUGGAGGCCAAUAUGAACCUGACGUGGCGGGACAUGCAGCACUUGGUGGUGAGAACCUCUCACCCCGCCCACCUCAGCACUGACGACUGGAGGACCAAUGGAGUGGGCCGCAAAGUGAGUCAUUCGUAUGGGUAUGGUUUGCUGGAUGCGGGGGCCAUGGUGGCUCUGGCUCAGAACUGGACCAGCGUGGGCCCACAGCACCAGUGUGUCCUCACCAUGCUCUCAGAGCCGAGGGACAUAGGUAGCCGGCUGCUGUUCAGUAAGACAUUGGACUCCUGCUGGGGCAGAUCAGAGUAUGUCAACUCUCUGGAGCAUGUCCAGGCCCGCCUCACUCUCUCCUACAACCACAGAGGAAACCUGGCUAUACACCUCAUCAGCCCCCUAGGGACACGCUCUACCCUGCUGGCUCCCAGGCCUAAAGACUAUUCGCCAGAGGGAUUUAUUGACUGGGCUUUCAUGACCACCCACAUGUGGGAUGAGGACCCUCGAGGGGAGUGGACCCUGGAGAUCGAGAACGUCUCAGAACAAGGACACGACUAUGGUGAGUUGAGUCAGUUUACUCUGAUCCUGUACGGUACGGGCUCCAGCUCCAAUAACCCCUCGUCUCCUGACUUCCCCCGGCCUUCCAACAACAGCUGCAAGACCUUCGACACCCAGCAGAUCUGCAUCGAGUGCAGCCUAGGCUUCUCCCUGUUCCUGCAGGGUUGUGUGAAGCUCUGCCCCCCCGGCUUCACCACGGGCCCCCAGCUCCUCAACAUGUCCCUGGACAACUGGGUGGACUUGUCCUCCGUCCAGUCCUGCCUGCCAUGCCACCCUGCUUGCCUCACCUGUUCCGGCCCCGGGCCCAGCGAUUGCCUCUCUUGCCCCCCUCACAGCCACCUGGUCCUCACCGCCUGCCUGCACCAGAACCAGAUCCAGCGCAAGUCCCCCACUGGCCCCGACCUCCAGGGAGAUGUGGGUGGACCAGGGGAAAGCCCAGUGGGGUUAGAGCAGGGGGGAGGUGGGGGAGUGGGGGAGCCUCCAGGACCUAGCCUGGCCCUGUCCUCCCCUCUGGCCACCCUCCUGGCUGUGCUCAGCUGUGCCUUCAUCCUGGCAGCCUUUGCCGGGGUCUUUUUUAUGCUGCAGCUGCGCACUGGUGGCGCCCCUUGGGCCCGGAGGACCAAACUGCAGUCUGUGGAGACGGGGGGAUGGGCCUCGGGGGGCUUCGGCCUGGGGCUAGGCUGGGAGAGGCAGGGCAGGGUAUCCUAUAAGGGGAUCCCCACCGUGUGGGUUGACGAGGACCAGGUAACAUUGGGGGGCUCUGAUUCCGACAGUGAAGAGCUGAACUGCCACAGUGAGAGGACAGCCUUUAUCAGGACACAGAGCUCGCUCUAGCCCCCUCUCUGACCCCUACAUCUGGAGGAAACUCUCUUCAGAGGGUUUGGUCUCUCCAGCUCCUCCCUCUGCUAGAGCUCAUGGGUCUGUAGUGUGAGUCUGGUUCAGGCAUUGUCCCUGGCUAAUAGACAGAGAUUCUGAUCCAGGGAUGUAAUGGCUCAGCCCAGCAAGCACCUCCUGGUCCACUGAUUCACCCUCAAGCAUUAAUCAACUGAAAAUGUUUUUGUUUUAUAAUGACUAUAUAUAUAUAUAUAUAUAUAUAUAUAUUAUUUUUGUUUUAUUUUUUGCUUUUAAACACUUGAAUAAGAUUAUUUGCCCUGGCCCAAGGGUCUAGGUAAAGGUAAAGUACAGUUUUCACUAUUAUUUCCCAUUGACCUUCAGUUUAUUGUAGAAAGGCCAAUUUCUGUAUUUUGAAAGUUGCAUAUCUUGAAAACUUGAUUAAACAUUUUGGGACUAUAUCAACAAUGGACUAAUGAAACUAAAUAUAGUUUUGGGGUGGAGUUUUCCUUUAAGCAGACGUCAAAAGAGAUGUCUGUAUGUAUUAGUAUACAUGUGUGCCUGUGUGACUUUGUAGACAAGAACUGAAUAGCCUCCCAACACAGUUUCUGAUUGGAUGAGGACCACAACAGGGUUUUAUUUAAUGUACGAGAAAGUUGCAGAUUUGGGCACUGAUAAAUGUCUACAUUUGAACGCAGUGGCUGUACAGUAACAUGCUACACAUGACGUCAGACCUCAAGCUCUGCGCUUCACAGCGCCGAAUGGGUUUCGACUGACAGCCGUUCUGCACUUGAACACCGCACGCGAUAUGAAGUUGCCCCAAUCUCGCUCACUAAUUGGGCAACUUUUUUGUUGACUGAGUGAGGGAAAGCUGUAAAUUAAUGAGACUAUGUAUUUUGAAAGAUGAGACGUUGAGGAUUAUAACUAAAUACUGUUUUGAUGUCAUACAAGUAAGCCAAACACCCAUGAGUCCAAAUGUGUACUUCACAUUUCCGUAUAUGAUCUAUAUUUAAGGUACAGUUACAAGAUCCCAUGGCGUCAUACCCUGGGUUAUUCUGAACAGAAUGUGCAUAUGUUUGUCUACUGUGAAGAAAAUUUGACGCAGCACGCACCUGAAUGCACUUAUGACUCCUUUCUAUGCGCACCAAAAUAACGAUCUGUUUCCCUGAAUUGCAUUUUGAAAGCCUAAAACUGUAAUAUCGUGUUUUAUAAUUUAGCUAAUGUUGGCAAUAGAACAAGCUUUCAAAUUAUACCCACCUGACCCAGAUUGCGAUUUAUAAUGGUUUUUGGAUUGCGUAAACAACACCAGUAAUUGUGUAAUGGCGGGGACAAUGGGUUGUGUUCCAAACAAAACAACUUCAAGUGUGCUUGCUCUAGUUCCUCAACGGCACAUCUAGGAGAGCUCAAAACAGCACCUUAUAGUUGAAGGCUGUUCUUUGAGUCAUAUAAGUGCAUUGAAAUUACUUAGGAAACGUGCUUUGGAGAGGUGUGUGGCCACUUGGAGACACCAGUUAGUCCUCUCACUCUCACUCUUAUCAGUAGUGCUAAGCGAUUUUCGAUGUCGGUUCCGAUGUUUUUUUUUACAUUAAAUGCUCUAUGCAUUAUGUAGGUUGAAUGCUGUAACAACACAGAAUAAAACAAUUAAUAAAAUAAAAUGAUGGUAGUGACUGCCCAUUACUGUUUAUCACUUAUGAACCAUCAUUUAUUCACAUUACUUUAAUAAAAUAUUUCAGUUGUUGUGUAUAUUACAUUUGUUUUAUUUUAUGACUUUAUUAUUUCAUUCCAUGUCAUCAUCUCAUCUCUAUAGAGCUGCUGCCUAUGCUGUCUGACAAAAUCACUAUUUUGUAGUUCUUCAAAGUAAAUAAGGCAUACUUUUAUGACUGCUGAAUACCAACUAUCAAUCACUUAGAUCAUGUAUUUUCAGGUAGAGACACCACGCUAAACAACAGCUGCUCUCUAUAUUCCCUCAGGAUCGCGCAUUCUUCUCUCUCCCGUAGCUGUCAUUUAAGAAAGACCGACUGAACAAAUAGAUGAGCAAUGGAUUAUGGUGAUUGUAGUUCAUUUCCACGUUUUAUGCGCUGAACUAUGUAGGAUAUUGGCCAAUUGGAAACCACAACUCCCUACUACAUCACACAGUUCAGGCUGGAUCGGAAUUAUCUCUAGAGAAACUGAGUGAUGUGAGCAUUGAGUUCACAGAUACAUUUUUUUUUUACGAACGACUACGGUCAAUUAGUUGUUUGAAAACUGAAAAAUAACUGACAUUUUGGUUAAUCGCUCAGCACUAAUAGACAGUGUAAUGUUUUGAUUCAGUCAGAUGAACAGUUGUUUCCUCACCUUUCAGUCUUAGAAUUUCCCAUAAUCUCCAAACUGUUCCUUUCAAUUGCUUCCAUGGUUAUGCAUAUGCUUUUAAUAUUUAUUCUGUAAGAAACCUUUCAAUUUAGCCCUAUCAAUAGUCCCACGAGUGUAAGGGGUUAGGCCCAAUGCAGACGUUUUUUCUCAAUAUCAAAUAAUUUUGGGGUAACAAUUGAGUACAUUACUGCAAUCGUUUUUUUAACCAUUUGAUUGAAAACAACAUUUUCUUAGCAAGAGCAAUUUCUCAAACAAUAAUUUUGCUCGGACUGUUUGGGAGUGGUCUAAGUGGGGAGAGGAAAACUAGCUGUUAUUGGCAGAGGUUUGGAACACUCAUUCUUAUUGCCUGGUGAUGUCACCAGGCAGGCCAAAACUCCAUCCCACCAAAACAGUGUCUUUUCAAAUAGCUCUUUCAAAGUAAAUAAGGCAUACUUUUAUGACUGCUGAAUACCAUAGGGCAUUAUCAACCUUUUUUUACAAUUUCACAGUAUUAUUCCAAUCUCGUAGUGUGGCAAUAUAUAUAAAACACAGGAGAAUCACAUUUUUGACUGCACUGGACCUUCAAACACUUUUUUUGUGACACUUUUUCCUACCGUUUGUUUUUUGAGUUUCCUACUCUUCUCCAUAAUCAGUGGGCUCCAGCAUUUCUUAAUCAGAUAAUAAAACCCCAAUAUAGACAACACAUCAAAAAUAGAGCACAGACUUUUUUUGGUGUACAUUUAACAUUUACAUUUAAGUCAUUUAGCAGACGCUCUUAUCCAGAGCGACUUACAAAUUGGUGCGUUCACCUUAUGUAGUCUUCAAGGUUUUGAGAACUAUUGAGCUUUAGCUUAGCAAUAUUGUCACCAACAGCUUACAAGCACUUAAUACCAAUAUAGAUCAUUGUUGAAAGGCCAAACUUCUAGUAUUGUGGUUUUGGGAUGUAAGUAGAAAGCUCAUGCAUCAAUCAGCAAACAGAUACACUACAGAACAAGUGGGUGAAGGGAUGGCAGGUAAUGUUAGUCAGACACUUUUUUCAUUUGCACAGUGGGUUACUUACAGAAGGAUUACCAACCCUGCAGUACUGUGUUCCCAUCUUUCUGAUGUAGAGGAGGAAAAAAAACACUUAACCCAAAGCUAUUUGACCUUCUCAACAUGUCUCUAUUCUCUUGCUAUUGGCAAGAAAUAAGAUUAUUUUGUCUUCAUUUUCCCCAUGGAGGCUCUAUUGAUUUUCAGGGUUUGUUUCUCUGCCAAGUCUUUAUCAGUGGAAAAAAGACAAUAGCUUUCUCUUGUUAUUACACAUUUCACAUAUUUUGACAAGCAAAUGUAUUGGCCUGCAGGUAUUUGCAGUCAGGCAUUAUUAAGUUAUUUGUCAACUUUAAGAACACAUAUUUUGGACUGGUCUAUACAAUCAAAGCUCUUGAGUAUUGUAUGUGAUAAGAACUGCUAUGGUGAAAUGUUUAUAGAUCAGUUACAGCAUAUUUUAAAUAGAUUGUAUUUUCUAUCCUUUUAUAUUUUAUCCUUUUUUAUUUAACUGAUGAUUGAUGUCAAUAUUGUGGGGAUAAAUGUCAUGCUAAAAUAAAAAUGACUUUGUAGGUCAUGUGAGAUGAAA